AUGGAGCCCUGGGAGCGUCCUCGGGAGGAGUUUAAACUGCAAAGGAAGCUGGGGGAGGGCCACUUUGGAGAGGUGUGGGAGGCCCUGUGGAUCAACCAGAACAAGAAGGUGGCCAUCAAGAUGCUCAAACAAGGUAAGCAUGCUAGCUCUCGCUGCUAUCAUAUUAACUACAGUGUUAUACAUGAUUCAGCACACUACAAGCAGAAUUGUGGCAAAUAUUUGAGUGACAAUUGAUGAGGGAAUUAUUUUCAAAGACAUACUGCAGAUGGGCAAAUGCUGCAAUGGCAAAACAUUCUAAAAGGCAGGAACGCAUGCAUGCACAAAACACACAAUUACAUACUCUCUAACUUUGAGUCAGUCCAUUCAGGUCAGGGCCCUCACAUGGUUCAUAAAGGGAUUAUAUAAUGCUUCAUAGGGUCAGUCCUAAGCUCCUUAUCACAUAAACUCUUACCUGGACAGCACUGAUGUCAGCCUCUCUCUGUCUCUCUGUUUCUCUCUCCCCUGCAGAGGACACUAAGCAGGAUGAGUUUGUGAAGGAGGUCCAGGCGCUAAAGAACCUUCACCACCCCAAGCUAAUCCAGCUGCUGGCCCUGUGUUCCAGAGGAGAGCCCGUCUACAUCGUCACUGAGCUCAUGACCAAGGGCAGCCUCAAGUCCUACCUGGGCAGUGAGUCAGUCACACCCUCCCCUCUGUUCUGCAGUCUUUACAUUGCAUUCAGUGUGUGUGUGUUAACAGAUGAUUAUGCUUGACCAAUAACAUAAGUAUUCAAAAACCUCAUCAGUCAUUGGUUGCUUGGCUGAAAAAAAUAAUGUAAUAGCAGGACUAAUAUAGGGCUUGCAUAUUAAAUAGCUCCAACUCAGGUGACCUGACAAAGAUCCAUUUGAGAUUGAAACGUUUUAAACUAAUAAAUGUACAUGUUAAAGCAGUUGAGUAACUAUGCAGACCUUAUAAUGCUUGACAGAUCCUAACCCGUGUGCUCCCUGUGCUGUUCCCAGCGCCGGAGGGUCAUGUACUGACCUCUGCCCACCUCAUCUACAUGGGCAGCCAGGUGGGCGAGGGCAUGGCCUACCUGGAGGACCGACACAUCGUGCACAGGGACCUGGCGGCCAGGAACAUCCUGGUGGGAGAUGACCUGGUCUGUAAGGUGGCUGACUUUGGACUGGCACGGAUCAUUAAGGUAAGGAUAGAAUGGAUGUGACAUGAAUGUGAAAUGUAUGGAGAAAUGAAGAGAGAGAACCUAUAGGUAAACUAAUGCUUUAGAAAAAUAUACUGUAUGUUGGGCUUACUUAUCCUGGUUAAUGAGAAAUUGUUCACUCUCAGAUAAAGCAAGGAUUCUUGCUUAAAAAGCUAUUUUUUGGGGCACAUUUCCAUGGGAAUAUGAAGAAAUUCUUAGUCAACAUAAAUGGUUGGAUAUGUCCCCCCUCUCUGUGUGUGUGUGUGUGUGUAGGACAGUGUGUACACAGCCAGCAGAAGCACUAAGAUCCCAGUGAGAUGGACGGCCCCUGAGGCUGCUCUCUACCAGCGCUUCUCUGUCAAGUCUGACGUCUGGUCCUUUGGUGUGCUGCUCUAUGAGAUGAUGUCACGAGGAAAGAUGCCAUACGACGGUGUGUGUGUGUCAAAUCUUUUCAAGACAAUAUUCUUAUUUUUACCAUAUACAACACAUAUCACAAGAGGAAAAGUCAAUCCUCAUUACAGUUAAUAUAUUACCUAUAUCUGUAAAAAUGCUUUUGAAUAUUUCCCUCUGAAUAAUAUUUAUUAUUCUCCCUCUUUCGCUCUCGAUCUCUCACACACACACACACAGGAAAGAGCAAUAAGGAGGUGCUGGAGCUCCUGUCGACAGGCUACAGGUUGUCUUGUCCCAGUAGAUGUCCCCCCAACAUCUAUCGCAUUAUGUUGGCGUGCUGGAACCCUGAGGCCUCCAAGCGGCCCUCCUUCCAUGCCCUGCACAGCCAGCUAGACACCAUCUACACCCGCAUCUACUUCAAGACCAUCGAGGUCUAGGUCUGGAGGAGGAGAAGGAAGAAGAGGAGGAGUAGGAGGCCAAGGGGUGACUGCACUGACAGACACAGACCAAUGAAAAGCAGAGGGACUGCAAGACAUUAUCUAACAUGGUGAUCCUUUUCUUAAGUUGUCUUGGUUUUGUCAUUGAUGUUGUUUUUAUUCGAGGUUAUGUGCAAUAAAUAGCCCCUCCUGGGGAAACGGAGGAAGGAGAGGAGAGGAGAGGAGGGCAGGAGAAGUGGAGCCACUGUUACAGCCCACCGAGGCCCUAUUCUACAGUUUGCCCCACUGCACACAGGCCACAGGCCAAAUGGCCAGUCAUACAGAAAGUGCCUAUAUGUUUACACACUAGAGACUAAUCUCAUAGAGACAGCUCACACAGUCCACAGUGAUGGAGGACAUGGUCAUUGAGACUGGAGAGUGAGCCAUAGAGGACAUCUUUUGGAAUUCACUGUUCUACCAAUGGAAUAUUUUAUUUUUAACUGAUGCAAUUUUGAACUGUCAGCGCAUUAUAUUGAGAAGAUAUAUUAAUACAGUUUGGGAAAUAUGAGCCAUAUCAUAAAUGUCCUUUAUUCUACUUUGAUUGAGUCUCUUCCAUAUCUCGACUCUGCCAUUGGGUAUUUAACAACAGAAAUUAUUAUAAUAAAAUAUUUUCUAGAUAACUGUCCUGUUUCAGUGUGUGUGUGUGUGUGUACAUUAGGAAGAACAUACAAUUAUAAUGCUUCAUUUGUGUACAAAAAACCGUAACCAAUCAAUCUCUUUAAAUCCUCCAUAAAAUAAUGGGAAAGCCACACCAAACUCAGGUGCUGCAAUCUUAGCUCAUUUACAGCUGGCCGCACCGCGGCGCUGUCCACUCCCUUGGUGCUGAAUCCGCAGCCAACUUUCAUGACCGCUAAACGCAGUGCCGUCCAUUUGUGCCGAAUUCAUUCUCGUCCGCAGUUAGUCUUUCAGCGAUAUUUGGUGAAUCUGAGAAAAGGGGGAAAAUCUUUUCAAUUAAAUUAAUAUUACCACAAUUUUAUUUGGUGUGUUUUGAAUAAAAUAGAAGUAGUUAUAGGUCAAGUCUACAGUAGCAUAAAUUGGCAGCUGGAGUAAAAUGCAUUUUGACUAAUGUUAUUGUUUCUUAUUAUUAUGGCCAGUAGGCCUACAGCAUAAGCUCAGCGAAGCUCACCAGCUGGGUAUACAGUGCAUUCGGAAAGUAUUCAGACCCUUUGACUUUUUCCAUUUUGUUAUGUUACAGCCUUAUUCUAAAAUCGAUUAAAUAGUUGUUUCCCCUCAUCAAUCCAUUGAAGAAUGAUGGAGGCCACUGUGUUCUUGGGGACCUUCAAUGCUGCAGAAAUGUUUUGGUACCCUUCCCCAUAUCUGUGCCUCGACACAAUCCGCUCUCGGAGCUCUACGGACAAUUCCUUCGACUUCGUGGCUUGGUUUUUGCUCUAACAUGCACUGUCAACUGUGGGACCUUAUAUAGACAGGUGUGUGCCUUUCCAAAUCAUGUCCAAUCAAUUGAAUUUACCACAGGUGGACUCCAAUCAAGUUGUAGAAACAUCUUAAGGAUGAUCAAUGGAAACAGGAUGCACCUGAGCUCAAUUUCGAGGCUCAUAGCAAAGGGUCUGAAUACUUAUGUAAAUAAGGUAUUAAUGUUUUUUAUUUUUAAUACAUUUGGAAAAAUGUCUAUAAACCUGUUUUCGCUUUGUCAUUAUGGGGUAUUGUGUGUAGAUUGAUGAGGGAAAAAAUGUAUUGAAUCAAUUUUAGAAUAAGGCUGUAACAUAAAUGUGGAAAAAGGGAAGGGGUCUGAAUACUUUCCGAAUGCGCUGUACAUACAUACAUAGCAGGAUCUAUGAGUUGACCAGAUAACUUUGAUAAACAACCAGAAAUAACUAUUGAUUUUCUGGUUCAUUAUGAAAGCUACAUUUAGAUAUGUUUAAAACAUGCCGAUUCAAGCUUAUCUUUCUAAAAAAUAAAUAAAAAGUUAUUUCAGAAUAUUCAGGCAAGUUAGCUGGCGGGCAGGUGGGGCGUAGCAGUGGAGAGGGUGUUUUCAUUUGGCUGUAACAUAAUACCAGUAAUAGGGUCAGAGCCUUGUUUUCAGGCUUCUUCGGCAGCAUCUGGCUCACUGGGACGACUCUAUCAAAAAGGAUGGGCAUCGCAGGAGAAAUGAAUGAAUGCGAAUGACUUUGGAAAAACUAGUUAAAAUAUCAGCAGCAAUACGGAGAAGGUGCGGGUUCAGAAAGUGCGCAGGCUACAUAGCCUGGGGCUAAAUAGCGUCCUUAACCAUUUUGCGUGGAGAUGCAUUCGCCUUCAACAAGAGCAUCAUGAAGAAGGUGACAUACGUAUUUUAUCUUUAUGUCGAGUCUACAUGCCUACAUUGCCCAAGAUGACACAAUGACAUGGCGUUCACAGCAAUGGUUGCGAGAUUUGUAGUCGCAUAAGCUCAUUUCAAAGAAUCACAUCAUCGCGGACCGCAUUGUGGAGGGCUGGCCUAUUUGUACGGCAGGGCGGGGGUGAAAAAUCCAGUAGGCCUAGUAGUAGGCUAAUUGAAGAUGACCAGUUAAGCCCCUCGGAAUACCGUGGCGAUUUUUUAUUGAAUGUAUUGCCCAUUGAACUCAAACGAAAUGAUGAAUUCGAUGGCCUUUGCUGAGGGUUCGCAAUCUCCGGGUGCCGCUGGGGUCCCCGUUGGAGCGCCAGCGUCCGGUACUAGUGCUAGGGUGUCUAGUGCCCUACGGAACGAUCUGGGUUCCAAUAUUCAUGCCUUGAAAACCCUUAACCUGCGAUUUAGAUGUUUCCUUGCUAAAGUUCAUGAAUUGGAGCGUAGAAACAAGUUGUUAGAAAAUCAACUACAGCUAGCAUUGGAGCAAUCCCGCUACAGAGCCUACUUUAGCCGAGAACAAACAACCCAAACGGGCGCUUUGGACCUGUCUCUGGCUGGAUUCCAGCAACGGGUAGACCUACCAGGUACGAUAUGGAACUUCACCCACACAAGGAGGUUUGGGGACCGACUCGAGACUAGGCUCCACAGCCCCGGGGUGUCAUGGAUGCAGCCGGAUGGUGUUGGUGUUGGAGUUCAAGUCGACACCGUCACCCCAGAACUGCGAGCCCUGUACAAUGUGUUAGCUAAAAUCAAGAGAGAUAGAGACGAGUACAGAAAAAAGUAA